AUGGCUAAGUUAGAGAAUGUGGCAAUUAUUGUGGUAGCUGCUUUUGCCGCAAUAUUCCUACACAGCACAGAAGCUGAAGAUUUCACAGUAGGUGGUUCCACAGGUUGGAUCAAUAAUCCCCCACGUGGGGCUUCUUUCUAUUCCAACUGGGCCAAGAAUCUCACUUUCAAACUAAACGACACUCUCAUGUUCAACUUCCCCGCUGGAAGGCACGUGGUAGCCAUACUGACUCAACUAAACUUUGAGAAAUGCAACUUCACGAACCCUAUUCAGGUUCUUAGCACAGGGCCAGCGAGAGUGACUCUGGGUCGAACUGGAGAAUUCUACUUUGUUUGUGCUUUCACAGGUCACUGUAGCAGUGGUCAAAAGCUAAGCCUUAAUGUCGUCACAGUCUCUCCUAUUCCUCCUCAUUCACCUUUACCACCUGUGGAAGCUUCUAAUUCACCAUCACUAGGACCUGCAUCAUUCCCAUCCGAAGAACCAUUUCUCUAA